AUGUGGUACGGUCUGGUUGCCAUGGUGACGGCCUGUACACCAUCGGGCAGGGGGAACAUGGCCACUUUGGCCAGGCUGCAAGGGAGGCUGCCAGGCCAGAGGGAGGAAUAUUUCCAUAGGAACAGAGCUGUAGAUGAAUACAGAAAAGCAGAGCACAAUGCUGCUGUACAAAUCCAGAGCUGGUUUCGAGGAUGCAGAGUCCGAGCAUACAUCAGGUAUCUGAACAAAAUGAUGAUUAAUAUCCAGAAAUGGUGGAGAGGCUAUCAAGGAAGAAAACACUUCAGAAAAAUGGUGGAGACAGCAUAUUUUAUUAUGAAGAUGAAUUUCUACAAUGAAAUGGCUGUCAGGAUUCAGAAAAGAUGGCGAGGCUAUUAUAUCCGAAAAUAUAUCCAUAAUUACUAUGCACUGAAGAAAUAUCUGGAAGCUAUUUCUGUGAAUAAUGAGAUUGUCAGGAAAGAACUAGAGGAGUUUGCAGAGAUGAAGGAGAAAGAAAAGGAGAAAAAAGACCUAGAAAGGGAAGAAAAGAAAAAGGAUCACCAAGCCCGAAAGAUGCAUUACCUCCUCAGCACAGAGCAGAUGGCAGGUGUGUACAACUCACCAUUCAGACAAUCACCCGAUCCAAUGGAAGUACGGUUACGGAAGGCAAGACCUUUUAGCCACAGACAGCAACAAAUAAAGAAGCAUCUUACUGAUGAGAUUUCUGACUGGCCAACUUGUACAAGUGCCCUAACUUUCCCUACAAUGAAGCCUCUUCCACCCAUUGGCAGACAGAAACCUCAGGGGCCCUUCCGUGAUACUGCUGAAGUAAUGCAGCAACGCUACAAGCCUUUGGAACCAACCUUGCGGGUGGCAACAUCAAUCAAUUCACUAGAAAAGGCCAGAGAGGAAAUCAAGAGAGAGGAAUGGAGAAACCGCAUAAAUGACAAUAAAUUUUUGCCAUUUUCUUCAUGUCAUAAAAACCAGGAGUAUGACCCAUUAAUUCAUACAUCAAGUAAAUAUGGCCAAAUGACUUAUGGAAUCAAACAUUUCCGAGAAGAACAUCAUGAGAAAUGGGUAGCAAACAAGAACUUCGAAACAGUGUUACCAUCCAUUGAUAUCUUUGAUAAGUUUGGACAAACAUAUUCCAAAACUGGGCAAAUAGUGUAA